UAACAUACUUUAACAUUCCAUGAUUUGUUCAUUACUAGCAUUUUUCUCGUUGUUCUCAACAGCAAUGGCGGCAAAUAAGGAACGUACAUUUAUUAUGGUAAAACCCGAUGGAGUCCAUCGUGGAUUAGUUGGAAAAAUUAUCGAAAGAUUUGAACAAAAAGGAUUCAAGUUGGUUGCUAUGAAGUUCAUGUGGGCAAGCAAAGAACAUCUGGAAAAACACUAUGCAGAUCUUGCUGGUCGUCCAUUUUUCAAUGGUCUAGUAGAAUAUAUGAGUUCUGGACCUGUAGUUCCAAUGGUAUGGGAAGGAUUAAAUGUUGUAAAGACUGGUCGCCAAAUGCUUGGAGCUACAAAUCCAGCUGAUUCUAUGCCAGGAACCAUACGUGGUGAUUUUUGCAUUCAAGUUGGAAGAAAUAUAAUCCAUGGAUCAGAUGCUGUUGAAUCAGCCAAUAAAGAAAUUGCUCUUUGGUUCAACGAGAAAGAGUUAGUAUCAUGGUCUCCAGCCGCUGAAAAUUGGGUUUAUGAAUGAAUAGACAAUAAAUUUAUAUUAAAAUAUAAAUUAUAAGAUUCUAAAAUAAAGUGUACGGUCGCAAAUAUUAACUGUAAAAUAAUAUUCCAUUUGUAUAUUUAUUAGUUAAAAAAAAUGUCGCCUAAUAAAUAUCUAUGAAAAAUACA